UGUCUCUCCGAGAUGAAAUGCUGAAUGCAUUUAUAAAGAAGAAAGAGCAGAUGAGUUCGCUGAAGAUGAACUCUGAAGACAUGUCCAGGAUCAAGAGGAAACUGAUUGUGGAUUUCUGUCACAGGUUUAAUAAGCGUGUGUGUGAGUGUUUUGUUCGAGGGCAGCUGAUCUCUCUGAGCUUCAGUCUCCUGUCACUGCUGCAUGAGGUGCCACACAUCAGAGACCAGCACUUCAUGAUGGGCAAACCUGAAGACCACCGAGCAGACCUGCAGGUCGAGGGUAGAUCGAGUCCUGAUCCCAGGACAUUUCAGCCUCGUCCCAGAAGACUGUUAUCAGCCGAUGGAAAGCGUCUGCUGAAUCUGUGGUUCGUCCCACAUUACACAGAAGUGCUGCUCAUGUUCAGGGCUCUGGAGGAGAAGGAGCGUCAGCAGGCUCUUCAAAACUCUCUGCAGAUCAUUUCAGCUCUCCAUGAUAUUGUUUAUUACCUGGUGAGUUUUGCUCGAUUGGGGAAUCCAGACUCUUUGUUCAGUCGCAGUAGCGCUCAGAGGCUCACGGCGGACUGGGGAGGUUUAGAGAGCAUUGGGGCUGAGCUGUGGGACGUCCAGCGACAGAUUGAGUCUCUCCGUGAGUCAAGCAGUUCAGAGAGUGUCGGGCGACUCCUGCAGUUACACAGAGACGUGCUUUUCCUGCGCUUUGAUGCCGCAGUCAGAUACAUGAUAAGAGAUGCGUUCCUCUCCUCUGGAAACCUUUCAGCCUAUCAGAGUGUGACUGAAAACAUGAGCCACGCCCUCCCUAUCAUGAGUGACAGCAAAGUGGGAGGGGCCAAUUUCCUCCCCAUUCCUCAGCCUCUAGAACCGGCCAGUCUUCAGGCCCAAAAAUUAUAUCCAUGGAGAUCUUUCCUGGCGAUUUAUGGAUCACAUCCCUUGGUCAUGUGGGACGUCUCACCCAUUGAACAUUACAUGCAGCUGUGUCUGUGUGAUCUGAACGACCGCUGCAGAAUGGAGGCGAAUGGAGCGAUUCUGGGUGUUUCUCUCAUCAUGGACGAUGUGCUUAGUAGUGGUAGAGACGCGGUGCCACUUCAGAUGCAAAACACAGAUGACAACAAAACAACAUCUGACAGAGAACUUCUUGAUGAUGGCAUGGCAAACCAGGAGAGAAUAGCAGAGUGUGUGUGUCAGACUGAAGACACGUUUCAGUGCCUGAUGAAGCAGAAGGGUUUUCUGCUGCUCUGGAAGCAGAUGGAGGUCUUUAAAGCGAGCUGGACUCAACGACAGACCAGUGCCGAAACCAUCAACACACCGGCGCUGUUUAAACACUUCUCUCAGCUCUACAGGGUGGAGAUUUUCUUUCCCAGCAUGCAGGCUCUGGCUCAGCAGAUGGACCUGGAGAAAGAGUACCAGAUUCUGCUUUCUCAGACUCAGGCUGUGCUUCCACCUCCUGGAGCAGCAGAAGUCGACAUCAAAACAUGGCAGCUCCUGAGACUCCUGGAGAUGACGGAGGUUGACAUGAUCCGUGCGCUUCAGAACAGGAUUAACACUGAAAUGACUUUGGUGAUGUCUGAGCGCUCGCGACACGACAUGCAGAUCCCUGCAGAUCUGUGGAAAAGGCCUUCAGCGAAACACAGCGUAUCUUUUGAAAGACCGCAGAUUGUGGAGGAUUUUAUCCAGAGACUGAUGAACGCUGAGGAGCGACAGGCUGAUGGACAGGUGACGUUCUCCACUGCUCAUCUGCAAGAAUGUUUGACUGAACUGUCCUGUGCUGUAAUGAAUCGUGAGAAAAGCGUCUUCCAGCGGUAUUCCCAGUUUUAUGAGCACAUCCUUCAGCAGCUGGAGCAACUGCUUUACCAGAGAGAGCAGGAUGUUAAAGAUCUAGAAGCCAAAAACCUGCAGUCCAGUGACCCUCACAGAAAGGUAUCCGACGUGUGUCGAGGGAUGAUGCUUGAAAUCACGGCUCUGCGCGCAAAAGUAAAUCAACUAGAAGAGGAGAAGAGAAACUUAGAUCAACAUCUCAACCUCAAACACAGAGAACGAUACGACACGCUGGUUCGCCAGCUCUUUUCCUCAUGUCUGCUUCUCAAGGCACGUCUGGACAGACAUAAUGAGAAAAUGGACCACGAUGUUCGUCAGCUGGUCAGCAGUGUGAGGAAGGAAGGCGUAGACAGAAUCAUCAAACUGAAAACAAGAUUAUCAUCCGCUGAGGAUAACCAGAGUCUCAUUCACACACUUCAGGAGAAAGAGCUUUUAGAGGAUCUUGAUGGGGAGAACAGCAGGCUGGCUGGACUGGUGUGUAAACUGAGAAUCUUCAGCCAGUGGAAGCUGCUGACGGAGCAAGAGAAACUCCAGAAAGAGCUGCUGCACUGGAGACUGAACGAGGUGUCGUGUAAAACCGAAGCUGUGAAAGUGAAGCUGAUCUCAGAACAGAAGGAGAUUGUGUUGAGACAGGAGCUGGAUGCAGUAAAGGAGGCUCUGCUGCAGUGCCAGACUGAAUAUGAACACAUCCAGAGGCAGAACACACUGCAGAGUCAGAAACUGCAGGACAUUGAGCAUCGGUCUGCUCGAGACGCUCAGAGCCGUCAGGAGCUGCAGAUUUUGAGGAUGGAGAGUGUGGAGACGCUGCAGGAGGACGUGCUGGACAGAGAGAGUCAGCUGAGGACACUGAGCGCACAGCUCCAGAAACACAACCAUGACACACACAUCAGACAGCAACGCAGCCACAGACACAUCAGACAAGUGAGAGGUCAACUUCAUCAGGAGCGAAGCCUGAAGCUUGAAGCCUUCCAGCAUGUGGACAAACUCCACAAUCAGAUCCAGAAUUACGAGGCAGCAUUGCAGUGUAAAUCCACUGUUCCUUCAGGACGACAGAGUUCCUCAUCAAGAAGGCUACAUUUAAGAAAUGCAUCAGCAGGAUUGCUCAGGAACAGCUCAGCGAUGUCUUUCACAAACAUGAGCUUUAUAAACCCGUUGGAGGAGUUCAGUACUGAUGCUGCAUGGAGAGAGUCUUGGACGCCUCUGGACAGACCCAAAACAAACUCCACUGGUGUUGGUCUGGAUAUAUCCGAGGCUCUGUUACCCAGCCUUCCUGAUGGAGUCGCAUCUUCUCACCUUCACAAUCAUAGACUAUUUCACAAGUAAAUCAGCCAAACCACACACACACACACAAGUGGACACACAAAUGACAUGAAAAAGGUCAUAACAACAAAUGUUUUUAUGCUACUUUAACUUAUUUCAGCACGUUAAUCUCGUUUAAUGUAAUAUCUUUUGUCAGUCAGACUAAAGUGAGUUGAGAUGAAUUGAAAAUGUCAUUUGAUUCAACUUAAAAAAAUAGGCAGCAAGAUUUUUUUUUUUUUUUACAGUUCACUUGUUGAUAAUGUAGAGAGAAGCUUGUUGGAGUUUAGAUCUGAAUGUUCCUCCACUUUGUACUUUAGUUCAGAGAGACAGCACUGAACUAACUGACAGAGCAAAUUAU